AUGAACGCAAUUGAUAAUCAAAAUUCAGAAUCAUUUUUAAUAGAUGAAUCAACAUUAGAUAGCCCAUUAAAUAGAUUAGUUGAAAAUCUUACAGAAGAAUUUAAAAAUGUACAACCAGAAGGAUUCACAGGUAAUGGUCAAGUUAUUGUCAGCCUAUUAACAGAAUAUAUAAAUAAUCAUAAUGAUUGGAAAGAAUAUGUUUUCUAUUGUCCAUACUCUUAUAGUAGAAAUUUAAUUGCCAAAAAUGAUAUGUUUGAAUUAAUGGUAAUUUGUUGGAGAAGAGGUCAACCAUCACCAGUUCAUAAUCAUGAAGAUCAAAGAUGUUGGAUGGGUUGUGUUAAAGGUCAAUUAGAAGAAACAUAUUAUGUAUUUAGUGAUACAAAGAGUACAAAAGGUGAAGGAUUAUUAGAACAAUCAUAUACACAUCCAAUUGAUAAUGGUUCAGUUGGUUAUAUUACAGAUGAGAUAGCAUUUCAUAGAAUGCAAUCGAUUACAGAUGAAACAAUAUCAAUUCAUUUAUAUUCUAAACCAAUUACUGAAUGUAAUAUUUAUUGUCCAGAUAAAGGUACAAUCACUAGAAAGAAAUUAGGUUAUUUCACUCAAUAUAAAAAGAAAGUUUUAAAUUUACCAACUGCUUCUUGUGGAAGUGUACAACCAUUAUCAUCAACACCAAUCCCUCAAUCAAUUAAUAAUACCACUUCAAAUAAUAGUACAACUGUUUCUGAAUGUUUAAAUUCAAAUUCAAAUUCAACAACUACAAAUUUAUCAUCAUCUUCUUCAAGUGUUUCUUUAAUAUAA